CCGAGCUCCCACCUGGCCAAGCUGAAGUCAAGAUGAGUCUGCCGGACUACAAAUCAGCCGACAAACAGUCUGCACCCGCAGUCCCGCACUCUCCUGUUGUGCAGUUAAAUGUUGGCGGACACCUGUUCAGCACCGCUCUGAGCACACUGAGGAAACACCCCGACUCCCAGCUGGCUGAGCUGUUCAGCGGACAGCCCAAACUGCGCACUGACGCACAGGGACGCUACUUCAUCGACCGCGACGGUUCACACUUUGGAGCUGUCCUCCAGUUCCUGAGGUCAGACCAGCUGCCCGCAGACAACAUCCAGCAGGUUUACAGGGAGGCAGUGCACUUCAACAUCAAACCACUCAUCAAACGUUUGGAGGAAACUCCUCAGCUGUUUGGGGAGCUGGUGGGAAGACAGCAGUUCCUCUCCAGAGUCCCCCACUACAAAGAAAACAUCGAGGUCCUGAUUCGUAUCGCCAGAGCCGAGGCCAUCGCCGCCCGCCACUCCACCAUCAUGAUCUGCGUACUGCGGACAGAGGAGGAUUUGGGUUUCUAUGACAACGCCGUCAACAGCUUGGAGGCAGAUAAGGAGUCGGUGGUGACGUUCGGGCCCUGGAAGGCCGUCCCCUCUGUUCAAGACUUGCUGGACUGUGUAAAGACGGACAUCGAGAGUAAGGGCUACAAGGUGAACAUCCAGCCUCACGUCAUUGAGAAGAGCUUCCUGUCCAGGAGCUACAACUUCUUCUACAAACUGGUGUUCACCUGGUGGUGAUGAGAAGGCUGCUCUUCUGUUUUUAUUCAGAACACUAGUGGAAGAUUUGCAAACUGUUUCUGAAAAUAACAGGCCGCAUCAAGAUCAGGCUGCUACAGUUUUUCCAAAAUAUUUUGAAGUGAUGCUGCGUAUUUAUCCAGCUAUUGAAAAAAAGGGGGUCUUGAUUUUGAACACCAGCCUUUUUAGACACAAGGGGUCAGUACAGCAUCUGUAUAUAAUGAAUUUCAAAGAUACUGUGGUUUACAGAUGUGUUUAUAUAUCCACAAUUUCUUACCAACCAACGCACAUGUCUUACAAUUAAUUUUAGGUGCUUAUAGAUAUAAGUGUUGUUUCAUAGACUGUGUAAUGUCAGUGAAAUCAUGUUUUACUGUUGCUAAACUUAAAUAAAUAAUAAACUACA